ACCUUGUGUUUUCGAAGAUUCAAAAUCCGAGAGGGAAGCCCUUCUGUCCCAACACGUGUUCUGGCUAGGUAGGACGUACCGCUUUUCAUCUCUCUUCGGCUGGUUGUUUUGUUUGACAUUCCCCGUUUGGGGGAAAGGGGCAUGUGUUUCAAGCAAAGGUGGAGCGAUGGCCUUUGGAAACACAACCCACAAGUCUGUGAGGAAGCUGCGUCUUAACCUCUCCCUCUCUGCGUGUUAGAUCUAUUAGCCUUAUUAGAGCCAUUCAUCUCCCCGGCUGAAGGGCGUUUUGGAACUACUGCAGAAGCCGCGUUUUUCUUUUGGCGAGCACUCGACGAGCUGUAGGCUCGCCUAAGGCAAGAGAAGGCGGGCCGCGGGAGGAAGCACGAGCAUGAACAGGUCGCCACACGUUAGCAAAAACGUAGCAGACAGAGGGAACGAACACCUGGGAGGCGCCAGAAGCUGUGUGGUCGCGCUCCUCCACUUUUGUCCACAGUGGCGGCUAACAAACUAUGUUUCUGCCUCUCCUAAGCUCCGGCUUUUUAUUGUAGUUUCCCGCCUCCCAAGUUGCACAAGGCAGCGUCAGGUGUCGUGCUGGAACGGGCAGUGCGCCUGUGCGGCAAGUAUUAUUAUCAGCUACGGUGCCUCACCGAGGCAGCAAGAGAGAAAAGUAAGCCGCAGCUACUGCACUGGAGGAGGAAAAUGGCGGAGCCGGGACCAACGCGGACGUCUCCCUUAUACCCACGCGCGUCAGGUACGGUUGAAGUGUGUGAGUCCUGCUGUAGAUGGAUUUCUGAAAACUGACGAAAGACAAAGACUGGCAAGGGAAAGAAGAGAAGAAAGAGAAAAAUAUCUUGCUGCCAGGGAACAGCAAAUCUUGGAAAAAGAAAGGAGAGCAAAGCUUCAGUACAAAAAGCAAAUAGAAGAACGAUGGAGGAAGCUGGAGGAGCAGAGGCAGAGGGAGGAACAAAAAAGGGCAGCUGUUGAAGAAAAGAGAAGACAGAAGCUCAGAGAAGAAGAGGAACGCUUAGAGGCUAUGAUGCGGCGAUCCAUGGAACGAAGUCAGCAGCUAGAGCAGAAACAGAAGAGAUGGUCAUGGGGAGGAGCACUGGCUGCAAGCUCAGGCGACAGAGAUGGUGAAUCAGAAAAUACCCCACCCCCUCUAGGUUUAGCUGCCAACACCCUUCUUCCAGACUCUGUGGCCUCAACUGCUGCUGUCGAUUCCUCCAAUGCAUGUGACAAACUUUCAGCUUCUACAAUGAAUCUGCCAAAGCAAAUGGAGUUGCCUAUCAAUAAGCGUCUCUCCUACUCCACAGCAACAAUAACAUGUUCCCCUGACAGAGCUCAUCGCAUGCAUCUUAGUCCAAUGGAAAAUUUUAUUAUUUCUCGGCUAUUGACACCCACACAAGCUUCUUUAGCCAGAAGCAGAAGUACAUUAAUGCUUUCUGAGCAAUACAAAGAUCCAGUAUUCCAUAUCUGUCCUCGUGUAGCACCAGCUAGCCCUCUUAAAUCUCCUUACAAGCCUUCCCCCACUCGAAGUGUGGAGAGAAAAAAGGCAGCUUCUGCUUCCACAUCUGAUGCAAUGAGAGGCGCAUCUGCAGCUGAGGUGUCUCAGACUGAGAAGAAAAAGAAAGAGAAGCGGCCUACAACACCUGGCACAUCAUCUGGUUUGGGAUCUCCUCUUAGAAGAUCUGAUUCUCCAGCGUCCAUGUCUAAGCUAUCAGGUUCACCUGCAACUCCUAAAACAAUCACAAAGAGUUACCCUCAGUCUCCCAAGACUACUAAACAGUAUCCAGCUUCUCCUGUGAAAUACCGUGCCAGUUCAAAUCUCAGCCAAGAAACACCUAAGAAAAAGGCAGAAAAGCAUAAAGACAAUCAAAGGGAGACUAUUAGCCAGAAAAGUCAAGCAACACCUGCUGAAGAGGCUGUAAGCCAACCUUUUGCUGAAAAAUCUCUGUCUUCUAUAGGAAAGACUGAAGGCAAUGAAGGAAAACUUGCAGCAGGGACUACUGAUGCUGAAGAAGCUACAAGAAUUUUAGCAGAGAAGAGACGUCAGGCUCGUCUCCAGAAAGAACAAAAUGAAAAAGAAAGGCAGGAAAGAGAGGAACAUGAAAGGCUAGAGAGAGAAGAGCUGAAAAGAAAGGCAGAAGAAGAGAGGAUUCGGUUGGAAGAAGAGGCCCUCAGGAGAGAAGAGAAAAGGCGACGUGAAGAAGAAGAGGCUAGGAGAACAGCAGAAGAGGAAGCUAGGAGGAGAGCUGAAGAAGAAAGCAUGCUAAGGGAAAGGCAAGAAAAGGAAUUGAAAGCUGUGAUCGCUUUGCAGAAAGAAGCAGCAGAAGCAAAGGCCCGGGAGGCGGCUGAACAUCUGCGUCUGGAAAGGGAACAAAUUAUGCAGCAGAUAGAGCAAGAAAGACUGGAGAGAAAGAAGAGAAUAGAUGAAAUAAUGAAAAGGACAAGAAAAAGCGACACACCAGAAAUCAAGAAGGAAGAAAUUCAGCCAGAUGUGCCAUCAUCUCUAAAUGUGGACAAACAGCCAAAGCCACCGGCUGUCAGUCAAGCAGAAAUGAAUGGACUGGUGCAGUGCAAAGAUGAUAAAGACCUAGGAUGUGCUGUGUCUGACUCUUUCCAUCAUGAUGUAUUUUCUAAUGGAUUUAAGCCGCUUAUGGGCCUUAUUCAACUGAACCAAAUGGAUGGGAAAUCAAACAGCAUCGAUGAUUCAACAGAUGAAGUUCAGUCUAUGGAUGUGAGUCCUGCUUCAAAAGAAGAACUUAUAUCUAUCCCUGAGUUUUCACCAUUGAAUGAAAUUAUGCCUGGUGUUUCUUUGGACCAAAAUGGAUCAAAUAAUGGGAAGGCUCUUCAAGAUCUACUAGAUUUUACUGGCCAGGCCACGUACCCCAAAUUAUCAAGUGAAAGUGUUAGCAUAGAUGACUGUAAUAAAAACUUGAUUGAUGGAUUUAAUAGUCCGGGGCAGGAGACAACUCUCAACACCUUGUGUUGACAAACAUGCUGCUACGUAGCAAUAAGAUGACAUUAUUUGGGAGACUAAAGACACUUCCAACACUGUUGUUGGUAAACAAGAGCUUAUCGUUGUAAGAAGCUGCUGCAGUCCUCAACACUGAAUACCAUGUUCCUCUGCACUGAAUUUAAUGUCUUCCUAUGUGCAUUGUUCAGCAAUUAGUCAGUUGGGUCGAGAGUGGAAACUUCAGAUUAAGUGAUUUCAGGGAACAUUUAUGGGAGCUUUUUUUUAGAAUUUGAGCUUUAGCUGCUAAGAAAACAUGGUUAUUAAAUAUAUGUAUGUAUAUAUCUUAGUGGGCUCCCAAGUGAGUCAGUCCAUUUAUUUUAAAACCAUUAUUUUAAUUUUAUAAUUGAACUAUCAAAAUGCACAUUGGAAUUAAACAGCAGUCCCUGUGUUUGCCAUGUGAUGUCUUUUGGGUGUUUUUUUUUUCCUGUGGGAAAAGGUUGUUUUUUAAAUGCCAUUUAUUAUAUUUAAUUGCAAAUCAAGAACUGAGAAUGCUUGAAAAAAAUAUGCUUACUGCUGGAAUCCAUGAGGCUUUCUUGCAGGCAGUGGAGCAUUAUAGUUAUUCCUAAUUAAAGUAUGGCACAUAACCAUUUUACUUGUACUACUUUGAUCUGUCAGUAAUUGCGUUGGCACUGAAUUGGAGCUACCACUAAUACAGUGCUCAAAUGAAAUUAGUAAGUUCUUAUCACAACGUACUUAAUUUUAACUGGAAAAAAGGAUUGAUACCAUUAGUCAUGUGUAUUGUAUUAUUGUAGAAGUAACUGUAUCAUGGGGUAUAGAAUGACGAUAUGUUAAUGUUCAAGAUUCAAUGUCUGCUAUCAAUACUAGGUGGCUUUCAUUCAUGGGAUUCGUUAAUAUCCUACAACUCAGCAUCAUAUAAUCCAUAGCAAACAAUAUAUAGACAUGGGCAACAAGAUAUUAUAAGGCAUAACCAUGAGUGCUGAAAGUUGUACUCAUGCAACACAAUAGUCUCUUGGCCUCUCGCACUCUGCAAGCAUAUAUGAAGAAAGCUCUUACUCUUACUGAGAUUACAUAGGUGUUACAUAUGUUGUUUGAAGGGCAUGAUUCAGCCAGUUGAGCAUUUUGAGAUUCAUUGAUUUCAAUGGGCAGGUUAAGCACUUAAAUUUUUCUAAUUUGAAAUCAAUGGGACUUAAAAGUGUAUUUAAUUUAAUCUGGGUUGUGCACAAGGAAUUUCAACUCUUGGUGCGAACUCUUAACUUUUGUACUGUGUUUUAUGCUGCCUAGAGGACAAUUCUGUCCCAUUCGUUACACCAACAAAAAAUACAAUUAUGUUGAAGCUAAUGAAACUGGAAACUUUUAUAUAUAGGGAGUGUCAAAAUGUAAUGUAACUCUGUUCUUGUGACUCUAAAAGUGGCACCUAUUGAGAAUUAAAAUUAGUUAUUGAAACUAUGUGAUAAUAUACCCAAAUGCUUACAAUGUUUUAUGUUGAUGUCAUUCAGCAAAAAAUACCUCCUUGGUGACUGUGCAGUAUGUAGUAGCAUGGUACAGUGUUCUUCCAAGUUAAUUCUGCCGUUUUCCUCCUAAACAAUAAAGAAAAUUAUCGUAUUUGGCUGUGA